UCCUACCUACCUCUGCUACAAGUACCCAUGGAAGAUCUUCCCAGUCCCAUCCCAAGCUCCGACCCAGCCACCUCGCCGCCUAGCACAGCACCAGCACCGUGCCGGCCGGAUUCCAAGAGCGGCAGGCAGCACUUCUCUUCUCCGAGAUGGCAGUUGACCGCGCCGACAAGGAGAAUCUGCCGCCUGCGACCGCCGCCGUCGCCCGUCCUCAUGGCAUGGCCGUCAAGAGCUGCAAGCUGAAGCGGCUCGUGAGGGCGCGGAGGCGGGUGCCGCUCAGGGACAUCACCAACCUCUUCGUUGCUGAGUCCGCGGUCGCCGAGUGGCAGCAGGCCCUGCUCCAGCGGCCGCACGAGGCGUCGGCAGCGGCGCCGGCGGAGCUGGCCGUGAAGAACGGGCCUGCCGGCUGUGCGCUACUGAAGCCUGGCAGAUACUUGCUCCGGAAGGACUUUAGAUAGCUACCUAUUGUACAUGGAUUAUACUGCACUUCUCAUCUCAUUGUCCAAUUAUUCAUUGGACAAGAAUUGGUUGGAUUGAUUAUAGGAAAUGAGCUGCUGAAAGAAAAGAAAUACAGUAGACAAAUAUGUCAAAUUGGAUUCUUAUCGAUGAAAGGUGUCAU